CGGAGCCGAGGCGGGGUGGGGUGGGGGGGAGGGGCCGCGGGAACGGAUGGCGGCCUGGGCCCCGUAGCAGUGGCGGCUCUACGGCCCGGGGCCCGGGCGGCGGAGGUGGCGGCUCCCGGGACCGGCCGCGCGCAAUGAUGUUGUCCACUGGGCAUGUACUGACCAAUGUGGCAGGUCUGAGAACAUAGCUGAAGCUGAAAAUAGGAAAGCUGGGGGCAAGGAAGAGCCUUGAAUCUUGAGGUGGGACGUUGACUCUAAGAUGUCCUUGAGCAGUGGAGCCUCCGGAGGGAAAGGAGUGGAUGCAAACCCGGUUGAGACAUACGACAGUGGGGAUGAAUGGGACAUUGGAGUAGGGAAUCUCAUCAUUGACCUGGACGCCGAUCUGGAAAAGGACCAGCAGAAACUGGAAAUGUCAGGCUCAAAGGAGGUGGGGAUACCAGCUCCCAAUGCUGUGGCCACACUACCAGACAACAUCAAGUUUGUGACCCCAGUGCCAGGUCCUCAAGGGAAGGAAGGCAAAUCAAAAUCCAAAAGGAAUAAGAGUGGCAAAGACACUAGCAAACCCACUCCAGGGACGUCCCUGUUCACUCCAAGUGAGGGGGCAUCUAGCAAGAAAGAGGUGCAGGGACGCUCAGGAGAUGGUGCCAAUGCAGGAAGCCUGGUUGCUGCUAUUGCUCCCAAGGGCUCAGAGAAGGCGACUAAGGCAUCCCGCAGUGUAGCCGGCUCCAAAAAGGAGAAGGAGAACAGCUCAUCUAAGAGCAAGAAGGAGAGAAGCGAAGGAGUGGGGACUUGUUCAGAAAAGGAUCCUGGGGUCCUCCAGCCAGUGCCGUUGGGAGGACGGGGUGGUCAGUAUGAUGGAAGUGCAGGGGUGGAUGCAGGAGCUGUGGAGCCACUUGGGAGUAUAGCUAUUGAGCCUGGGGCAGCGCUCAAUCCUUUGGGAGCUAAACCGGAGCCAGAGGAAGGGGAGAAUGAGUGUCGCCCGCUAAAGAAAGUCAAGUCUGAAAAGAUGGAGUCCCCUGUCUCCACACCAGCAGUGCUGCCACUGCACCUUUUGGUGCCAGUGGUCAGUAAUGACAUCUCAUCCCCCUGUGAGCAGAUCAUGGUUCGUACCCGAUCAGUUGGGGUCAACACAUGUGAUGUGGCUCUGGCCACAGAGCCAGAGUGCCUGGGCCCCUGUGAACCUGGGACAAGUGUCAACCUUGAGGGCAUCGUGUGGCAGGAAACAGAAGAUGGCAUGUUGGUGGUCAAUGUAACAUGGAGGAACAAGACUUACGUAGGUACCCUUCUUGACUGCACGCGGCAUGACUGGGCACCCCCCAGGUUCUGUGACUCUCCCACCAGUGACUUGGAAAUGCGCAAUGGUCGGGGUAGAGGCAAACGCAUGCGUCCCAACAGUAACACACCUGUCAAUGAGACAGCCACAGCCUCUGACAGCAAGGGGACCAGCAGUAGCAGCAAAACCCGAGCCGGAGCCAAUAGCAAAGGCCGUCGGGGCAGCCAGAAUUCUUCAGAACAUCGCCCACCUGCCAGUAGCACCUCUGAGGAUGUCAAGGCCAGCCCUUCCUCAGCUAAUAAGCGGAAAAACAAACCCCUUUCAGACAUGGAGCUGAAUUCUAGCUCAGAGGACUCCAAAGGGAGCAAGCGUGUCCGUACAAAUUCCAUGGGCUCAGCCACUGGCCCCCUCCCUGGGACCAAGGUGGAGCCCACUGUUCUAGACAGAAAUUGUCCCUCCCCAGUCCUGAUUGACUGUCCCCACCCAAACUGCAACAAAAAGUACAAGCACAUCAAUGGACUUAAGUACCACCAAGCUCAUGCCCACACAGAUGAUGACAGCAAGCCAGAAGCAGAUGGAGACAGUGAGUAUGGAGAGGAGCCCGCCCUCCAUGCAGACCUCGGGAGCUGCAAUGGUGCAUCUGUCUCACAAAAAGGUUCCUUGUCCCCUGCCCGCUCAGCUACCCCCAAAGUUCGGCUCAUAGAGCCCCAUAGCCCUUCUCCUUCAAGCAAAUUUAGCACAAAAGGCCUCUGUAAGAAAAAGUUGGGUGGGGAAGGGGACACAGAUCUCGGGGCCCUAUCCAAUGAUGGCUCCGAUGAUGGACCCUCAGUAAUGGAUGAAACGAGCAAUGAUGCCUUUGAUUCUUUGGAAAGGAAAUGUAUGGAAAAAGAAAAAUGUAAAAAACCCUCUAGUUUGAAACCUGAAAAGAUUCCUUCCAAAAGUUUAAAGUCAGCCCGGCCCAUUGCCCCUGCCAUCCCCCCACAGCAAAUUUACACCUUCCAGGCAGCCACCUUCACAGCCGCAAGCCCAGGCUCCUCCUCAGGCUUGACCACCACGGUGGUCCAGGCCAUGCCCAGCAGCCCCCAGCUCAAGCCCAUUCAGCCCAAGCCCACUGUGAUGGGAGAACCUUUCACAGUCAACCCUGCCCUGACUCCAGCCAAGGACAAGAAAAAGAAGGACAAAAAAAAGAAAGAGUCUUCAAAGGAACUUGAAAGUCCUCUGACCCCUGGGAAGGUGUGUCGAGCAGAAGAAGGCAAAAGCCCCUUCAGGGAAUCAUCGGGAGAUGGGAUGAAGAUGGAGGGGCUCCUGAACGGCUCCUCAGACCCCCACCAGAGCCGACUGGCCAGCAUCAAGGCCGAAGCUGACAAGAUCUACAGCUUCACCGACAAUGCCCCCAGCCCUUCAAUCGGAGGCAGCAGCCGCCUGGAGAGCACCACCCCUACCCAGCCCAUGACGCCCUUGCACGUAGUGACCCAGAACGGAGCCGAAGCCAGCUCAGUGAAAACCAACAGCCCUGCCUACUCCGACAUCUCCGACGCCGGGGAGGACGGGGAGGGCAAAGUGGACAGUGUCAAAUCGAAGGACCCUGAACAGCUGGUUAAGGAAGGGGCUAAGAAAACCCUUUUCCCCCCUCAGCCGCAGAGCAAGGACUCACCCUAUUACCAAGGCUUUGAGAGUUACUACUCCCCAAGUUACGCACAGUCCAGCCCAGGGGCUCUGAACCCCAGCAGCCAGGCAGGAGUGGAGGGCCAGGCCCUGAAGGCAAAAAAGGAUGAGGAGCCUGAGAGCAUAGAGGGGAAAGUGAAGAACGAUGUCUGUGAGGACAAGAAACCCGAGCUGAGCAGCUCCAGUCAGCAGCCGUCCGUCAUCCAGCAGCGCCCCAACAUGUACAUGCAGUCCCUGUACUACAACCAGUAUGCCUACGUGCCCCCCUACGGCUACGGCGACCAGAGCUACCACACCCACCUCCUGAGCACUAACGCCGCCUACCGGCAGCAGUAUGAGGAGCAGCAGAAGCGCCAGGGCUUGGAGCCGCAGCAGCGGGGCCUGGACAAGAAGGCCGAGCUGGGCCUGAAGGAGCGGGAGGCGGCGCUCAAAGAGGAAUGGAAGCAAAAGCCGUCAAUUCCACCAACUCUCACCAAGGCCCCCAGCCUGACAGACCUGGUGAAGUCGGGACCCAGCAAGGCCAAGGAGCCAGGGGCGGACCCUGCCAAAUCAGUCAUCAUUCCCAAGUUAGAUGACUCUUCCAAACUCCCCAGCCAGGCCCCGGAAGGACUUAAAGUGAAGCUGAGUGACGCCAGCCACCUAGGCAAGGAGGCCUCCGAGGCUAAGACAGGUGCUGAGUGUGGCCGCCAGGCAGAGGUGGAUCCAAUACUCUGGUACCGACAGGAAGCAGAGCCUCGGAUGUGGACAUAUGUUUACCCUGCCAAGUACUCAGACAUCAAGUCAGAGGAUGAGCGGUGGAAGGAGGAGCGGGACCGCAAACUGAAGGAGGAAAGGAGUCGGAGUAAGGACUCUGUUCCCAAGGAGGACGGGAAGGAAAGCACAAGCAGUGACUGCAAGCUGCCCGCGUCCGAGGAAUCCCGCCUUGGGAGCAAGGAGCCCCGACCGAGUGUCCACGUGCCUGUGUCCUCCCCGCUCACCCAGCACCAGUCCUACAUCCCCUACAUGCACGGCUACUCCUACAGCCAGUCGUACGACCCCAGCCACCCCAGCUACCGGGGCGUGCCUGCCGUGAUGAUGCAGAACUACCCGGGAUCCUACCUGCCUUCCAGCUAUUCUUUCUCCCCGUAUGGCAGCAAGGUCUCAGGGGGUGAAGAUGCUGACAAGGCACGAGCCAGCCCCAGCGUCAGCUGUAAAUCCAGCUCCGAGUCCAAAGCUCUGGACAUCCUGCAGCAGCACGCCAGUCAUUACAAGAGCAAGUCUCCCACGAUAAGUGAUAAAACUUCUCAGGAGAGAGAUCGGGGAGGCUGUGGGGUGGUUGGGGGUGGUGGCAGCUGUAGCAGCGUCGGGGGAGCAGGUGGGGCUGAGCGGAGUGUUGACCGGCCGCGCACCUCCCCGUCUCAGCGCCUGAUGUCCACGCACCACCACCACCACCACCUGGGGUACUCGCUGCUCCCGGCACAGUACAACUUACCCUAUGCAGCAGGGCUUUCUUCUACAGCCAUUGUUGCCAGCCAGCAAGGCUCAGCUCCCUCACUCUACCCACCCCCCCGGAGGUGAGAACGAACACCAAGUGCCCGGAUAAAGUCAGCUUCACGGGCCCGGACUGGCUCACCCAAGGAGGGGCUGGAGGUGCCAUUUAGACAUCAGUUAAAUGGUGUUGGUCAUCCUGUUUGCCGUUCCCACCGUGACUGAAGGCAGACCCUUGGCUAUCGCGCCUCCACCAGACCCCUGGACUCCCUGACCCUCCCUCUUCCUCAGGAGCUGGAGACUGGUACUUAGCAAAAAUAUUUAUUCUCUCGGCCACAGCUGUGACUGUUGUGGCCUCUGUGGAGAUGAAGGCGUGGGGAGCAGCCAGGGGAACAUGGCCUCAGCCCAGAGAAGUCACUGCUCUGUUCCCCAAGCUACUGGUCAGCUGCCAGAGCAGUAGCAACCACCCCCCCCCCCCCCACCAGGGAGGGACCCUCAGCACUGGGCAAGGUCUGAAGACAGCACAGCAGCCAUACCCCCUCACCGUCAUUACCACCAUCACCAGACCCUGCAUCUCCCCAGUGGCUUGGGCCCUGGGAACUGGCAGCACAUGGAGGAAUUAGAAUCUCAGGAAAGAAAUUGGGGGCUGUUUUCUCUGCAGUUGUGAAGACAAGGUCUUCAAACAUGAAGACUUCUCCCCUCUCACAUGAGCACAUCUAAACGCUCAGAGCCCAGCCUCGAGAGGGAGACCAAGGCAUUUGCUCCACCGUGGCCUUGGGCUGCCUGUCAGGCAGAGGGCCGGGGUCCCAGUACCGCCCCAGGGCUCCCCGGGGACACCGGGUGGGAGCUGGAGCCGGAGCACGAUGGAGCCUGGGAACUGGGAGCUGCACCCCGCUGAGUCCUGCGCUGCUUAGCCCCUACUCCUUGCCCUUUUCUCACUCCCCUACUGACCCCUUGGUGCCUUUCCCAGGGGGAUCCCCACGCUGAUCUCUCCUCUCUUCCACUGCUUGGCUCUUAAGACUCAGGCAGGUAAAACAGUAUCCCCCAGCUGGGGGAGCUUUGGAAUCUGCCAGGUCACCUGAGGGCAAGCCCGCAAGGCAGGCCCUGGGAGCACCCAGCCCUACUUAGAGAUGUGCUUUCCAUGCAGCCGUCCAAGUGUCAUCUUCAUGUAGGGCCACAAAUCUAUACAGCCCAGUUUCUCUGUACACAACUGCACAACUUUACAUAGCUCAGUCUGUAACCCGUGUGUGUGCCAACAUAAGCCGUGUUUCUUUGUAACACAUGUUUUUGUUUGAGGGGCCACUGACCACGGGAGGUUGUGUUCCUUAGACCCUGGGAAAACACAUGCAAGCCAUUACUCCUUGGAGCCACGGAGUACACUCACUGGAGCUGUGCUCUGAGGCAGAGAUGUUUCUCUGUUCUUAGAAAUGCAGUCCUAGUCCAGGCUUUAUGCUCUUGUACUAGGAAAGUGACAAUGAUUUGGUAACUUUAUUGAAGUCACUUCUUCCCCGAGGUGUGGGGAGCUUUAGCUCUUAACUUUGUUUUUGAGGUACCAUCCCUUUGCCCUCCUCCUCUCCUGUCUUUCCUUGACCUUCUGGAUUGAGAGAGAGAUGAAGACUGACAGGCACCAGCCUAGGUCAGAGAAGGUGUUUGUGACCAGAGUGCCAAAAGUGACUAUGUGAGAGCAAGGGCUUGGCCCUGGAACAGUUGGGGGCAUGGGGACCGAGGACAGUAAGCACAAUGCCCAGCGGAAGCUGCUUUCCGAGAUCCCCAGAGCCCCACUCCAGAGAGUCUCAAGGUUAUUUGCCCAAGAUGAGCCCCUCGGUCCUAUAGCCCUUUCUUCUAGGUUUCCAUGUCCUUGUUUUUGUUCAAGUUGGGUUCUGAGCCCCUCCCAAAAUACCCACUGUUUUAGACCUCUUAGCAGGCCCCAAGCAGCCUCUCUCCCCCAUCAUUCCUUCUGCCUCCUGCUGCCCCAGCGGGCAGAGCUCUGAGCAACGACUUCCUGUUCACCCAUGGAAGUAGCUGGUGUGGACACCCUUGACCCCACCUAACCUGAGUCAUCCCCACCAAAAUGAUGGCUCUCAACUUCAGUCUGAUUAUGCCCUCCCAGGCUCCUGUGGGGUGGAGCCAGGGGCCCAUCUGUUCCUGUUUGUUUUUAAAUAUUGUUGUGUGUUUUGUAUCUGUGGCACUAGCUUACAGCGUGCUCUGUACAUAUUGUGAAGAAACUGUUCGGAGUAAUUUUCUUUCCCAUUGGACAGGAAUGGCCCCACAUUCCUGCCCUUUCCACUUUAUUCUGUAACAGAGAAAAGGAACUUCUGUAUUAGCAGGGCAGCCUUGGGUUCUGCAGAAGGGAACAGCCUUUUCUUUUUCUUUUUCUUUUUUUCCUUAAAAAACACUUGGCUCUUGGAUCCUUACAUCCAAGUCUCCCUUGAAGAGCAGGAGCUAAGCUGCCCAGAAAGGCAGACGGAAGCAGCAGUAGCAGCAUGGCACUGCCUUUUCCUGAUCCCUGGUCCCCCGGCCCCUGACCCUGGCCAGGCCCAGCCUUCCCUCCCUGAAGUAACACGCAGCAGCAGUGAUGGAUGCGAGAGAUCCUUGACGAGAGCUGAGUCGAGGACUUGCUGUCCACCUCUAGCCUCUCCACGUGGGUGGGGAGGAGGAACACGGGGCGGCGGGCAGUGUACCUGUGGCACUUGUGACCUGGGCCCAGGGUUCAGACACUCAUCAAGGAUUCCCACCCCACCCCAGCAAAGGCGGGAAGAGUUUGCUGCUAAGAGCCGAGACCACCAGACCAAGGCUCUCUCUGAGCCACCCCUGCCCAGUUCUCUUGACAGACAUUGCUCCUCCGGGCCCCGACAGAGAAGCUAGAGGGAAGAAGCCUCGUCCCCAGGUAGGACAGCCAAGGCUCGGAGAGCUGCUCUGGAGGACUCACGUCUGCUGCUUCCUCAUUUAAGGUGUGCCAGUUCCCUUCAUCCCUGCUCCCUGCCCGUGCAUGUACGUGCACACGUAUGACAUUUCCUCCUCUUACCUCACCCUCUCCACACAUCUCAAGGUCAAAGGACCACAUGCAGAAGGGUUAAGAGGGCACUCUGUGAAAUGAAACGAUGCUUCUGAAUCUCUUCUCUCCAGGCUCCAAGGAAGUGGGGGCGAGAGGCUUGGUUUGGGAAUGGGAGGGGAAGACUGCAGAAGGGCUAGAGUCAUUGUAUACGGGCUUCGACGUCACCUAUGUCACUUACUGUCCCAUACACCCAAUCACCAUCUCAGUGUCUACUCUGAUGCCCCCAAGACUCAACUGGGCAGCUAGCUGGCCCCAUAAUUCUGGGCCUUUGUUAUUUGUUUUAUUAUUAGGGCAUCCCAGGAAGCUUUCUGAUGAUCCUCUGCCAUGGGCCCCUCCUGGGAUGGAGACCCUCCCAGGCCGUCCCCAGCCCCUCCUGCCCCAGCCCACCCGCUUGCCUUGGUGCUCAGCCCCCCACUGGGAGCAGGUUGGGGCGAGCUGGAGGCCCGGGCUGGAGGGGCAGUGUUGCUGUUCAUAGCUUUUGUUCCAUUGGCGUUGCUCUGUUGAAUUUAAUUUCAGUCUUCCUGAUUCUUCCCUUCUGUAAAGUGUACAUUACCAAGUUCCUUGUUUUUUUUAUAUAUAUAUAUAAAUAUAUAUAUAUACAAACUGUACUCUUUUUGCCUUUGUACAUUCAGGCAAGAAGAGAAAAUAAAUCUUUUUAAGAGACAAUCACAAA